AUGGAUCAGUUCUAUGCUGUGCGAUGUAGUGAAGCACGAGUUGCCUCUACCGAUGAGGGGCCAUCUAAUCUCGUCAGGGAAUCAGGACGUCAUCAGAUUAAUCGGAAACCCGGAAACUCCCCCACCCAACGACACAAGGACUGCCUCUUCGUCUGCUCGUAUAAUUGUCGGACUAUUGCAUCGGAUGCUGAUCUCCGAACACUUCUGCUGAGGAGUCGUCAGAUCAAGUACGAUGUUAUCGCUAUACAAGAAACGAAGGGCAGAACGGAAACCAUUAGGAAAACCGAUCACAACGAGCUGCUUAUUGUUGGAGCCAAGGUGGAUGGCAAGAAUGUCGGCGGAGUUGGAUUUCUCAUAAACCAGGCAGUGGUCCAUCUAGUAGACUCUCACAAAAUCAUCAGUCCACGCAUCGCUGUUCUACGCUUGCUGACCAAAGAUCAAGGAGCCAUAUCCAUUAUCAAUGGAUAUGCACCCACCUCCACCGCCACUGACGAAGAACGCGAAGAAUUUUACCAGCUUCUGGAAGAUACGAUUCAGAAUGAGAGAACUUACUACAAGUAUGUGGUUGAUAGUAUGAUGGCAGAAGAAGCAGGACUAAGUCCAGCUGAACUGGAGCAGAUGCUCCUGAGCGACGUGACCACAGCAGAGCAGCUGUCGGCAAUGAGAAAGUCGCUGGAUAGCCUGUUGAAAAGCGAAAGGACGACUGAGGCCGAGGACCAAGCGAGCCAAUCGUCGUCGAUUCCGUGCCGAAGCCGAGGUGAGUCUUUCCACUUCGAUAAUGCUAUGGGGUCCAUAUUUGCGGCUAUGGCCCUACCCGAAGUGGAGGUGUAUAGUGACCCUCAAGGAAAGGGAUUUGAUGAGUUCAUCAUGAGGUUCACGAUGAAAUACCAGAGCCUUGGGUUACGGAAUGACCUGCUCACCCAACUGUUGCUCUCUAAACUGCAAGGUUACCCAAAAGCGGUAGCGAAAUCCCUACCGAAGCUCGUAAGAGAGGGGAACUUUGAAAGCCUUGUAGAAGCUCUGCGAGCAAAGCUUGCUGUGGACAAUUCGGCGAUGCAGAUGAAGGCGUAUUUGGAUCUGAAACACCUCAAGAAACGUGGAGGCGUAACAGAAUUCAAAGGCUGUCAAGAGAGGCCUAUCCAGAUGCAUCGGAAGAAGAACUGUCCCGCACAAGGGCAGGUGAACUGGUGA